CGUUAAGAUCUUAGGUCCUCACGCUCACGCCGGCAGAUUUGUUACAUCUGGACGGCGUCGCCACUUGCACUCCCACGCUGCAACAUAGCUGCCUCCACUCCUCCACACACUAGCGCCGCUGUCCAGCUGAUUUGCUUCGAGAUGGACAUGUGCAUGGGCAUGGCCAAGCUGCUGCUGCUGCUGCUGCUCCUCGUGGUCACCGCCAGCCACGGCCACGCGGCGGCGGCGGCGGCGGGGAAGGAGAGGAACACGAUCACGCACGUCAAGGGGUUCGACGGCCCGCUGCCCUUCGCCCUGGAGACCGGGUACGUGGAGGUGGACGAGGCGCACGGCGCCGAGCUCUUCUACUACUUCAUCCAGUCGGAGCGCAGCCCGCGGGAGGACCCGCUCAUCCUCUGGAUCACCGGCGGCCCCGGCUGCUCCGCGCUCUCGGGCCUCCUCUUCGAGAUCGGGCCCCUCAAGUUCGACGUGGCGGGGUACACCGAGGGCUUCCCGCGCCUCGUCUACUUCGAGGACUCGUGGACCCGGGUCAGCAACGUCAUCUUCCUCGACGCGCCCGUGGGCACCGGCUUCUCCUAUGCGCGCGACGAGGAGGGCCUCGACGUCAGCCUCACCGGCACCGGCACGCACCUCCGGGUGUUCCUGCAGCGGUGGAUCGCUGAUCACCCUGAGUUCGCCUCCAACCCACUCUACAUCGGCGGCGACUCCUACUCCGGGUACACCGUCCCGGUCGCCGCGCUCGAGAUCGCCGACCAGCCGGAUAAGGGAGGGCUGAACCUCAAGGGGUACCUGGUGGGCAACGCCGGCACCGACGACAAGUACGACUCCGGCGGCAAGGUCCCCUUCAUGCACGGCAUGGGGCUCAUCUCCGACGAGCUCUACGAGGCGGCGAAGGGCAGCUGCGGCGGGGACUUCGUGACGACGCCCAGGAACGUGCAGUGCGCCAACGCGCUCAUGGCGAUCACCAUGGCCACCUUCGCCGUCAACCCGGUGCACAUCCUCGAGCCCAUGUGCGGCCUGGCGCUGCGCCCUCCGACGACCCCAAUCAGCAGCAUCCUCUCCACGGGCACGAGGAGAAGGUCGGCGAGGCUGCUGGUGCAGGAGGCGGACCGGCUGGCGCUCCCGGUGGAGUGCCGGGACAACGGGUACCGGCUGUCCUACACCUGGGCGGACGACGCGGAGGUGAGGGCGACGCUGGGCAUCCGGGAGGGGUCGGUCGGCGCGUGGAGCCGGUGCGUCACGCUGACGCACUUCCGGCACGACGUGUACAGCACCGUGCCCUACCACGCCAACCUGACGCGGCGCGGCUACCGCGCGCUGGUGUACAACGGCGACCACGACCUGGACAUGACCUUCGUGGGCACGCAGGCGUGGAUCCGGACGCUGGGGUACCCCGCGGUGGCGCCGUGGCGGCCGUGGUACGCCAACCGGCAGGUCGCCGGGUUCACGACGGAGUACGCCCACAACCUCACCUUCGCCACCGUCAAGGGCGGCGGCCACACCGCGCCCGAGUACCGCCCCAAGGAGUGCCUCGCCAUGCUCGACAGGUGGACCUCCGCCGACGGCAGGCUCUGAGCCUGUGAUCCGACUCGCCACUCCGUUGCCAUCGGUCGGAGUACUAUAUACAUACUGCCUACGAGUACAAAUGAGUGUACUGUAUGUAUAUUUCGAUUUGGAACAGGGCUAGCUGUUCACAUCAUUGCAUGUACGGUGUCGUACUAUUGAUUGAAGUGCCAUGCACACGAGAGGACGAAGACAUAAAUAAAAGUCAGAAAAAACCUGGAGAGUUCCAUGGAGUCUUUCCAAAUGCAUGGGGUAGCUCGAGACCACCGAGCUAGCCCUAUCACGUAGUACGUCUGUACUUCUCGUCUGUACUUCUGUUCCCGUGACCGAAUGGGUAUGAAUGAACCGAUAAACUGGGAUGACAUUGCAGAUUA